AUGUUCUUCCCUUCUUCUGCCAUUGUGGCCCCCUUGCUCUUUGUCACUCCCAUGGCUACCCUCGUUGACACAACUUACUCAACUGUCCUCUCGUUCGACAUGAUGGACAUAGACCACAGCUUUACGCCUCAUGGUAUCAAACACAAGCUCAACGACCUCUACAUGAGCGUCGACACUGCUCCUUCAAAGUGCGCCAAACUUGAACCCGUCACACUCAACACUGCCGAUCAAGCUACCUCCAAGACGUACGAAAAGCACAUCAUGCGCGACUGGCUCGAUCUGCUUCACCUGACUCCUGCAAACCAUGUCCACCUCGUCGACUCAUGCAGAGAGUUCGCCAUGGAGAGCAUCUUCUACCGCUCCAACCACAAUUCCUACUCUUUCGAUUUUGCUCUGCUACAACACAGCGCUGGAACUGCCGUCACCGCCGUCAGCAAGUCACCAUCGCAAGAUCAAAACAUACACAUCUUCCAAAGAGUGGACUGUCAGAUCAUCCAUAACACCUUCGGACUGCGCCACAAGAAGACUAUGCCUCGAGCCAUAUCCAGAAUCAAUGCCGUCGACAUGGACUUCCACAUCACACAAGCAGCACCGGCCCCUGCUGCCUCCCUCGACCACGACAUCAAUAUGAUUGUCAUUGCUCCCGCCCCUGAGUCCAUCCCCCCAGCAAAUGGACCUUGCUACCCCAUAAGCCUCUCUAGUCUAUGA